AUGCGCGUUAUGGUGGACAGCCACAUCAAAGCACUCAUGGCAAUUCAGAGUGCAACCAAGGAUACUGCUAAGGGAAUAAAGCAAGUGCUAAAUUCUAUACUUCAACACGUUGGUGCUCUACGUGCACUCGAMCGACCAGUCGAAUUCUGGGAUGACUGGCUUGUUCACCUAACCGUUUCAAAAUUAGCACACGAAACCCGCCAGCAAUGGGAGUUGUCGCUCGUCGUGGACGAUUUGCCAUCUUUCUCUGUUCUUCGAGAAUUUCUUGAAAACCGCGCACGCUCACUGGAGAUGGUACCAUUACUCACCACUACCGCAAAAAUAACAACAACAACAAAGAAURUUUUCCACACGACAUUUACAGAGCCAGAAGCAAAUAUCGCUACAUCAACCGCUACUAAGGGGCCGCAUUGUUCUUAUUGCAAUGGUGAUCAUAAAAUCUACGUUUGCUCACAGUUCAGCCAACUCRACUCCAAGGGUAAACUAACUGCUAUUAAGAAGUUAGUUAUGUGUAUAAAUUGUCUCAGCAAAGGGCAUAUCCUCGYUAACUGUCAUAGCACAUCGUCGUGUCGCAAAUGUCAACGACGUCAUCAUACCUUACUUCACGAAAACUUUAUCAAUCAACCGGGMAGGCUCAAUUCUCUCUCCAAUGAACAACGUUUAAAUGUAACCUCACACUACGCUCACGCUGAUCGMGUCAUUCUACUAGCAACCGCUGAAAUUAURKUACAAGAUUAUACCGGUCGUUGGCAACCCGCUCGCGCACUUCUUGACAACGGUUCGCAUGCCUCAUUCGUCACCGAGGCGUGUGUCCAACGCCUUCGYCUUCCCAGAAYGCUGUCAUCCGUUCACGUCACUGGGAUUGGGUCACUGCAAGGUGGCCGUGCAAAGGGAGAAGUUACAUUCUCCAUAUCAACGCGAACGCUUGAUACUAAAUUUCAAGUAAGUACGCUCAUCUUACCGAAAAUUACUAACGAUCUCCCAACCUCCGCUUUACCGAAAAUUUCUUGGCCGCAUCUUACGGAUUUGCCACUAGCCGACCGCUAUUAUUCCCAGCCCGGACCAAUAGACGUUUUAAUUGGAWUGGAUGAAAUGGACAAAUUUCUAUUACACGGACUCCGCAAGGGUGAACGGGGUACACCAAUGGCACAAAAUACUGUAUUCGGAUGGGUUCUGUUUGGCAAUGCUGCCAAUUUACAAAACCCACCGGUGAAGAUUUCGACUUUACAUUCCGACCUUCAUUUAACUCAACUCAUCCACAAGUUUUGGGAACUCGAAGAACUACCCGCCCGCAAAUUCUUUUCACCUGAAGAAUCUAUGUGUGAGAAAUUAUACGAUGAUACGACCCAACGUGCUUCGGAUGGUCGCUACAUCGUACGUUURCCUUUGAAGAAAAAUGUGUUGUUAGGUGAAUCACGAGAAGCAGCUAUGCGAUCAUUACUCCGCAUGGAAAGAAGAUUUGCAAGUGACGAACAACUUCGCAAAGAGUAUACUAUGUUUAUGGAUAAACUCACCUCUAUGGGACACAUGGAACUAGCUGAGACGACAACAGAUAAACUUUACUGUAUGCCACAUCAUGCGGUGGUAAAGACCAAAGUCAAACAACGAAACUUCGAGUCGUUUUCAACGCAUCUAUGA